AUUACAAAUAAAAUAUUUUUCUCUUCAACAUUUACGAUUUAUUAAUUAUAUUCAAUUGAAGAUAUACAUAAUAAAGGAUAAUAAUAGUGAUUUUAAGCUAGGUAGAAUCGAAUGGACAUUCGAUUAUGUAUGAAAGAACAUAAAUAUACGGAAAAUCAAUAAGUCCAAAAAAAGUCAAAAUAAAAAGAAAUUCUAGUGCUAUAAGUGAUAGAAUUUAAGGCAUAUUUAUUGUCGGUUUGACAGUGGGGGAGGUAGUGAAGGAACGUAUCUAGUCGGUUUUCGAUAGUUUUAAGAAAUAUACGCUAUAUAAAUAUAUUUCAUUAUUAUAUUCACACCACUUUUAUGUGUCAUAAAAAAAAAGUAUAAAUAAUAAAAAUGUCAUCAAAUACUGAAUCAUCCAAAAAGAUUAUGUAUCCAUCGUCUGCAAGUACAAGUAAUGCAAAAAGUAGUCAUAACAGUAGUCAUGUAACGCCACCAAAAGCACAUCAUAUGCCAAAAUCUUCUAAUUCAUUACCAAAGCAUCAUGCCAAUCAAAUAUUACCAAAUAAUAUUAAUAAUAAUCAUAAUAGUCAUUUAAACCCUCACCAAUAUUAUUCCUUAAGAUGGAAUAAUUAUCAGAAUAAUUUAACUGAUAUGUUUCAUGAACUCUUGAAUUCGGAAAAAUUCGUAGAUGUCACAUUAGCAUGCGAGCAUAAUUCGCUGAAAGCCCACAAAGUGGUGCUAUCAGCAUGUUCAUCAUAUUUCCAAAAAGUUCUCUCCGAGAAUCCUUGUAAACAUCCAGUAAUUAUAAUGCCACCGGAAGUAGCAUUUGCUGACUUACAAUUCAUAAUUGAGUUUGUAUACAGAGGCGAAAUUGAUGUCUCUGAGGCAGAAUUACAGAGCCUCAUUCGGACGGCAGAACAAUUAAAAAUUAAAGGAUUGUGUGAAAUUAACGACCAAACUGCCGCGGAAUCGGAUACGGAAGUAAUUUAUCCGCCACAUAAGAAAAUACGUGCAUCGAGGCAGCACUACGAGAGUCACCAUAAUCAUAAUAAUAGUAGUAGUAAGCAUCGAGAAGAAUCCACAAAACAAGGAUCAUCUGCAAGUCAUAGUGUCAUUGAGAAAGAUGCACAACCAAUAGCUUCACAAGAUAGAGAUAAACGUAAAUCGAAAUCACCAAUAAAGGAUAUAGGAAAAAAUUCAUCAUCAUCGCCAGCAUCGCCGAGUAAUCAAAAUCAAAGCAAAAACAUGGCUAGUCUUGAAAUGGGAAUGAACGGAAAUGUGGUGAUGGGAGUUCCACUAACAUAUAUGGAUUUCGCACCCGAGCCACCCGCACCAACUGCAACGCCUGUUAUUACAACAGAAGUAAAUUGCACGCCGAGCCAUGAUACAAAAGAUUUGUCAAAUCAUCAUACGUCAACGGUUUCUGCCCAUCAUCCAACCGUUACGUCAAACAGUCCAAUCUAUACGCAUCAUGCAUCACCUAUUCAAAUCAUAACGACAUGUCCAUCGCCUGUUACAUCAUCAAUGAAUGAUUUAAGUGGUUUAAAGACAUCAAUUAUUACGACAGCUGCGAUUACAGCUACUCCAACAUCACAAUCACAGACUAUGAAUCAUCAUCAGUCUCAUAUUCAUCAUCAUCAUUUGCUCCAAAAUCAUCUACAACAAUCACAUCAGCAACAUCAGCAACAAAUGCAACAUAUGGAGCAAAUGGAGCAACAAUCAAGACAGAACCAGCAACAGCAGCAAAUGGAACAACAAUCAAGACAGAACCAGCAUCAGCAACAAAUGGAACAGCAAAUGGAACAACAAUCAAGACAGAAUCAAGAACAACAGCAACAGCAGCAGCAGAAUCAGCAACAACAACAAAUUCCACAUAUUCAUACGCUUCACCAUACACCACAAACAAUAACAAUUCAUCAAGCACGUCCAAUAAUACAGCAUCAUCAGAUAAUUGAAACAAUAAAGACUGAGGAUGUCGAUAUAAAGCCAUCGAUACAUGAUUUGAUGGGGGUUGGAAAUAUGGAUGUAGAUGGGCAGGGAAAUAAUAAUGAAAAUGUUCAUGGUAUUAUUGUGACGCCAGAAAUUGCAAAUAUGAUGACCACAACACCAACAUCGCAAAUUGAUUCUGAGGAUUCUAAAAUGCAAACGGAUCAUAAUGGCAGUAAUGGAGGGCAGCUACAAUAUAUAACAUUAGGCAAUAAUAUUCCAGCAACAUCCGCAACAACGCCAACGAGUGACUCAAAAGGAGGUGCAAAUAAUAAUGGAGGGCCUAAGACCUGGACACCGAGUGAUAUGGAAUCAGCUCUUGAGGCACUAAGAUCUCAUAAUAUGAGUUUAACGAAGGCAUCAGCAACAUAUGGUAUUCCAUCGACAACAUUAUGGCAACGUGCACAUAGACUAGGAAUUGACACACCGAAAAAGGAGGGUCCUACGAAGACGUGGAAUGAGGAUUCACUUAAUAGUGCACUCGACGCUCUUCGUACGGGAACAAUUUCGGCAAAUAAAGCUUCAAAGGCCUUUGGAAUUCCGUCUUCUACAUUAUAUAAAAUUGCUCGACGUGAAGGUAUUCGUUUAGCUGCACCUUUUAAUGCUGCACCUACAUCAUGGUCAGCCGAGGAUCUCGAAAAAGCUUUAGAAGCUAUUCGUGCCGGCGCAGCUUCCGUUCAAAAAGCGAGCUCUGAAUUUGGAAUUCCUACAGGUACAUUAUAUGGACGUUGCAAACGUGAAGGAAUCGAGUUAUCACGAUCAAAUCCAACUCCGUGGUCCGAGGACGCAAUGAUGGAAGCACUAGAAGCUGUUCGUGUCGGUCAGAUGUCUAUAAAUCAAGCAGCAAUUCACUACAAUUUACCGUAUUCAUCGCUGUACGGUAGAUUCAAGCGAGGAAAAUAUGGUGAUCCGCCAAAUGGAAAUUCACAUAAUGACUCAUCAUCACACAAUACAAUUGAACAUAGUCCAGAAAAUUCAAUAAGUAAUUAUGGACAUCAUACAUUAAUAGCUGAUACAAAUGUGCCGCAAUUACAAGAACAAAUCAUCUAUCAGCAACAUUAUUCACCAUCAACACAAUUAAUACAUCAACAACCACCACAAAUAUAUCACCAUCAACAAAUUAUUUAUCAUCAAAGUCCGCCGCCACAUCCACAGAUUUUGCAAAUUCAUCAAAUUAAAAAGGAGACUAGUUGAAAUGAUUAUGAAAGUAAUCUGCAAUCAUCAUCACCUUUAUCAUUAUCCGUUAACACCAUUCGUAGACGUAAGAGAAAUUAAGGAAGCAGAGUUGCGAUCUGUCACAGGUCAACGAAAACAGGCCGUUGCCUGUUCACAGGUCAAAUUUUUUCGCCUGUCACAGGUCUGAUCUGUCGAAGGUUCUGCCUUUCACAGGCGGUUGCCUGUUCGAAAUUUUAUUCCUCUUGUGAAGUAUAAAGAUUUAAUAUAAUAUUCGUAAAUUUUUUUCUUCCUCAAGUCACUUGUUCAAAUCUCAUCGCAAGCAACUUUCUUUUUUUUCCUUUUUUAUGAUUUUUUUUUAAACUUUUUUGAUAAAAUAUUAAGUUUUAUGGCAAAUUUUUCCAUUUUCAUAUUUUUUUUCGUUUUUCAAAUUUUAACUUGUUGUAUUUUCAUACAAAUUUAACUUUUUUUGUCAUAAUGUGCAUACUUUUUAAGUUUAAUAAGCUAAAAUUUGACAUAUAAGCUCAAUUUCUAGACCUGAAUGUUCUAAAAUCGUAAUUCUGGAUCGUAAUUUAUUAUAUAUUUCGACUUUUUGCGGUCUCGAAUGAGUAAGUCUAUACUACUUUUAAUAUUUUAUGCACUUGAAAAAAUCUGGCCUGUGACAGGCAGAACCUUUGACAGUUCAGACCUGUGACAGGCGAAAAAAUUUGACCUGUGAACAGGUAACAUCCUGUGACAGGCGAUUUUUUGACAGAAACCUGUCGUCGCAACCCUGUAAGGAAGAAAAAUUUGAUGACGUAAUGAAAAAUCAAUUCAAAUAAAAAUUAUUGUGGGUCGGGGAUGGGGGGUUAAGGCGAACAAAAAAAAAUAUAUUAAUGGAUUAUUGAAAGUAAUUGAAUUAGACUUUUUAGACUUGCAUGGAAGAAUGGAAUAUGAAACAAAAAGUUAUAGCAAAGUUAAGUUAAAAAAAUUAAAAAGAUAGAAAAUUUGAGGAAAAUUUUCAUUUGAGGAACUUAUGAUAAAUGUAUGAUGUAUUUGAAUAACUGGAAAAUGGAUGAAUAAGGUGCUUUGUUGUGAGGAUUAUUGGGUCGUUGAAUAAGAGCCUCAAUUCAAAAUUUGAACAGAUUUUUUAAAUUUGAACUGAACCAAAAAUGAGUUUUUGUUGGAUUACUGAACGAAAUUUUACCAACAUGUCAGUCAAUAAUCAUGAAUUGGCCGUUUCCAUCUUAAUUAAAGGAAGCAUGAACUUCAAAUCAACAGCAUAACACAAAAUGAACCCCAAACACUCCAGCAAUCACCACAAAAAUGCACCUUUAAAGCUAAGUUAAUAGAAUAUCAAUGAUUCUCAUGUACGAGGAAUAGUUGCUAAUUUUUUGGGCCAUCACGAGCGAGUGGAUGAAGAAUAAUUUGUUGUCAGCCGAAGAUAAUAAAUUAAAGCAUUAAUUAAAUUACAUUUUAGAAGUUUAGUUGACAAAAAAAUUGAUAAUGAAAAAAUGGAGAAAUCUCAAGCAAGAUUUUAUGUUAAUUAUCGUACGUACAACGUAGCUUAUGAUUUUGUUUAAUAAUAUAUAUUAAAGGUUAGUUAUCUGGGCUGGAGAAUCGGAGGAAAAUUUAAGCUUUAUAAUGUGCAGUAAACGAUUCUUGACAAUCUUUGUAAAGUUGUAUUAUAGUAUGCAAUAAACCGUGUCCCGUACACGACUCUGAACAUUUCUUUGGACACACAUCCUGAAUAGGCCUUAUCUGAGAUUCUGUCGCCCAACUCUACUCUUUCAUUAUCAAUGAAAUCUUAUCUCACUACUUUUAGAUACUUUUUAUAUUAUUUCCUUUGAUUUUUAUUGACUUUAAUUAAGGCAUAGAAAUUUUUCAUUUUUAAAUUUUAAGUUUAACUUUUUUAAAAAUUUAAUUAAAAUCUCUUUAAGAGACAAAAUCGGGAUAAAAUUUUAAAAUUUGAUUUAUAACAAAAUUCUGCCUCUGAAAAAUGGCUAAAUAUUAAAUUUAAUUAUGAUUCUUUUAAACUCUUAAUUAUGGCAUGUUCACUGAAUAUUCAAGAAAUCGAUUCUAGAUUUUCUUGUGAGAAGAUAAAUUGGCAGUAAAAAAUCAAUCAAACAGUGUUCUUCUCACUUUAACCUGUGAUCACAAAUAUCUUCAAAAUAAUUAAAAAUAUUUAACAAUCAGAUCUUAAUUUUCAAGGAACAUGGAGAAAAAUCUGACUGGAUUAUGGUGAAUUGCAUUCAAAAUGUCAAAUUCAUUCAUAUAAUUUAUGAUUAAUUAUUAUUACUGAGAAUUUUUGGCUGAAGUGUACUUUAGGGGGGGGGGGGGGGCAAUAUAUGAAAUUUUUUUAUUAUUUUUUAAACUAAAAGUGACGUAAAUGAGUAGAAAAUGAUAAAAUUAUAUUAAAAAUAGUAAAAUUGAGUGAUUUUGAGUGAAAUUUGGCAGAAAAAAAUUUUGAAAUUUUUCACCUUUUUAAGAUUUGGGAGCCGGAAGUUGAAUCAAAUAGUGAAGAAUCCGAAAGUAAUUGAUAAACUUUAAAUAUAAUUUCUAAUUUUUAAAACCCAAAAAUACUGAUCUAGACUAUAUAAUGAACCCUUAGACAAAAGGUCCGAAAAUACUGAAAGUAUUUCUGCAUUCAAAACAUAAAAUAUGCAAAAAAAACUAGUAAAACUUUGCAAAAAUUUCAAAAAAAAUUUGUUGUCAAAUUUCACUCAAAUUAUCUAUUUUUUAUCUAAAUUAUCUUUUACUAUUUUCUACAUUUACAGCAUUUUAAACUUAAAAAAAUAAUAAAUUUUUUUUCAUAUAUUGACCCCCCCCCCCCCCCCCCUUAAGUACACUUUUACCGAAUGUUUUGUGUGAAUUUUGAUGAAAUUGAUUUUUACAAUAAAUUCACCCAAAAAAUCUCAAAAACAUUAAAACAGAUAUUAAUUAAUUAUAUUCAUAGAGUAAACAUAUUUACAUCUUUAUUUUCACAUCAGGGGCAUGAAAUAGAAAUCCAUUUACAUUCAUACAACAAAAAUAAAAAUAAAAAACUCAUCAAAUUUAGAUUUUAGUGCAAUUAUUUCAUUACUAUAUUAAUUACUUUAUAAUUUAACGAUCUUCCAAUCUAAACUUGAAAAAUCAAUGAGAGGUAAAGAUAGACAUAGAUUUUAUAUUAAAUUGACUUUAGUUAUCAAAAAGAUGCGCUUUUUUGAUAUUUUUUGUCUCAUUUUUUAAUCUUUAUUAUUAUUAUUAUUAUCUAUUUUAGUUAUUAUUAUUAAACACGAAGAAAUAAUGUGAAAUCUACAUGGUGAUUCAUUUAUAUAUUAUUAUACAUAAAAAAAAAAACAGAAAAUAUAUAUCUUAAACGUAAUAAUUUUUAAAUUAUCAAAACUUACUGUUCGUCCAUUAAAUUUUCAUUAAAAUGAAAAAGUUAAGAGAAAUCGCUUCCGAAUUUAUGCACCGGAAGAUUAAAUUGAAAACAUUUUUAUUCGUUUUGGAAGAAAAAUGGAAAAUUUUAUCGCAUUUUAUUUCGAUUAUUUUUAAUUUUGUUAAAAAUCCUUAUCACGAAGGUAAAUCAAACUUGUUAAUAAUCGGCAAAUAAUAGAGGUAGAAAUGAGGAAAUUUUAAAAUUUUAAGGAAAAAACACAUGAAAUUUAUGCUUAACAUAUGAGAAGCAUUGAGAACUUUAAUUGUACAAAACAAGAAUAUUAUUGAUGAUAUCAAAUAAAAAUCAUAAAAAUAGAAUGAAAAAAUAAUAUUAUAGAA